UACUCUAUCAGGACGGAUUCGCACGUGUUCGUGGAGAUAGUGGUUAGAAGGAGUCACAUAAAAGCAGACACCCGAGUGAUAAGUUUCAUUUGUUAUUAACAAUGAACAGUGAGGUAAUAUCGGGUGGACGCAGUUCCUUUGAAAAAGAUUUCCGAGGAUUCGGAGAGUUUUUCUUCGAACAAGCAGACAAGUUCAGUGAUAAAGCUUGCCAGAUUGAUGGACUAACGGGACAGCAGGAAACUUAUUCUAAUGUCAAAAAAAGAUCAGCACGUUUAGCGUUGCACAUGGAACGUUUAGGAAUAGUUCCUGGGGAUAUCAUUAUAAGCUGCAUGAAAAACUCCAUGAAUAGCGUGAUUCCACACAUAGGGACGUUGUGUUUGGGAGCCAUAAUGUCAGCUGUGGAUCCUACACAAUCCAAGAGGGAGUGGACCCAUUGUGCAAAAAUCCUGAAACCCAAACUGAUUUUUGUUGACGAGGACGUUUCCGAAGAAAUGGCGAUGGUUGUUGAAUCUCUACAAGAAAAACCUGAAUUGAUCGUUGUUGGGAAAUCAAAAAAAUUCAAAACAUUUGCAGAUUUGCAGAUACCUCUACCGGAAGAACAAAAAUUCAAACCGAUAACAAUCAAUAACUGUCAUUCAACAGCUCUAAUCAUAUUCAGUAGCGGCACAACAGGGUUACCAAAAGGCAUAUGUCUUUCACAUUUCAGCAUUAUAAAUGAAAUGAAAAAUGCUCUCUAUUUCAUUCGUCAACCAGCAGUCAGUCUCAACUAUGCAACAUUUUAUUGGAUAUCAGCCAUUUUGGUGUUAAUGUCAACAUUUCACUAUGGCGGUGCUAGACUUAUUCUACCAAAAUUUGACGCUGAAGAGCUCCUAAGAAAAAUUGAAGAGCAUAAGAUAACGUUCAUUUUCAUGCCACCAUUAUACACAUUCAAUCUCACAAAUGUAAAGAAUUCUGAAAAAUACGACACUUCUUCAUUGCGCAUUCUCGUCAUUGCUGGAUCUUCGGUCAGUCCGACGCAAUUGAUCAGAACAAAAAAAUUGUUCAAAUACUCCUUAGUCGCAGUAGCGUACGGCACCACAGAAGCGGGCGGUUUCAUAACUAUUACAGGAGAUAAAGAAUUUGAGGACAACCAUAGUACCAUAGGAAAACCAGUAAAAGAUAUUGACUUGAAGAUAAUUGAUCCAGCUACUGGCAAAUUGUUGGGACCUAAUCAAAAAGGAGAAAUUUGUAUAAAAAGUUUGUAUGGAAUGACUGGCUACUACAACAUGGACUCAUCUCCUUACUUCGACGAUGAAGGGUUCAUUAAAUCUGGCGACUUAGGCUACUAUGAUGACAAUGGUUGCUUCUAUAUUGUGGAGAGAAUCAAGGAAAUGUUCAAAUAUAAAUCGUGGCAUGUGGUGCCAUCUUUUGUAGAAUCGAUUCUAAUGGAACAUCCAGCAGUGUUGGAGUCUGGCGUUUUUGGACUACCACAUGAGGUGGAUGAAUACCACCCCGCAGCAUGUGUAGUGCUCAAGGAUACUGCCUCGGUUGAUCUCGAUGAAAUUCAAAGUUUCGUAUCGAACAAUGUUUCAGAAUGGCAGAGGCUGAGAGGUGGCAUAAAAGUGGUGGAAAACUUACCAAGGACUCCCAGUUCGAAGAUUCAAAGGAGUAAAUUGGUCGAACUCUUCUUGAGUUCCUAGUUUUUAGACUUGAUAUUUAGUUCAUGAAAUUAACCGUGAUCGUAUUGAUAGGACCAGUAUUACACUUUUUUUAUAUAGUUGUAUUGUAUGAAGUGCAAUAUUGAUUGAACAUCCAAGUCCCAAACAUAAUUGCCAAUUGUUCAUUACAAUUUUCACGAAUAAUAAAUUAUUUUUUCAAAUAAAAAUGGAAUCAAACUA